AGCGAAAUCACUUUAUAUUGAAACUCUUAAAAUAGUGACUCCUAAAAAAUGUGUCGUAAAUCACAAAAUAAUAUCUUUCGAUCGCUUUUAUAUAUAUUUUUAAUAUACCAAGUUGAGGGUUUUCAGAUGGAUACUCGGCAAUUGACGUGGUCUCCACGACCUGUCGAUCCUCAGAUUGUGCCGGUAGAUCGUUUGCUAAGUUCCCUUCGUGUAUCGGCAUCCCGUCAAAAGGAUGCGGUUCCGGGUGUUUCCUACCCCAUCUACACGCAGGUCAAUCUGGACACACCGUUUUAUUGUAAUGAUGUGAAUGGACCGGGAUUUUAUGCGGACACUUAUAUGCGGUGUCAGCAAUAUCAUCGGUGUGAUGAUCAAGGCAGACGUUCCACGUAUCUUUGUCCAGAGGGGACGUUAUUUAACCAAGUGACUCUCGUUUGUGAUUUCUGGUACAACGUUGAUUGCGCUAAAGGCAAAGAUUUCGUGGAAUACUCCAAUAGUCGUUUAAUUUUGCCGGGCAUUCAGUUAUUCGACAGCAGUUUAAGUCAGGACGAUAUUAACAAACUUGUGUCAUCCAGCAGGACCAAGGCGAAAGAAAGCUCUUCGGGCAAAAACACCGAUGGCAGUUCACUGUCUACCCAGCCUAAACAGCCUGUCAGCGGUUCUGCCAAAUUGCCGGUUCCAAGUUCACAGUCUGCUAAGGAUUCCAUAAAAACCACUACGAGUGCAAGUCUGCGCAGCAGUCAAGCGGGUGUUGCUGCUCAAGGUACAAGUUCCGUGUCCAGCGGGCGACAACAGUCCGGCGCCGGCCAGGGAGUUUCCGUAGGCGGAUCGGUUUCCAUUGGGAUGCAACAGAAAGAAAGCCAACAGAUAAUUAACCAAGGAGCCAAUAACCAGCCAGUGUCAGAGGGUGCGCCCGAUACUGCAGAUGAAACAUCGUCCGAAAGCGAAAAUUCAACUUCCGGUCCAACCAUUAAGCAACCUGUUGCUCUGGACAGGGAUCGCACUGCUCGGCUGCUUUCAGACCAAAACACCAGCGCGUCUAAAGACAAAGUCGGCCGCGUAAAUACCGCUAAGUUAACCGGUAGCACUGCCUCAGUGCCUUCUCCCAGCCCAUCCUCCACGGUGGUCUCUACCUCUGCAAAUAAAUUAGGUAUUCCUUCGGAUGAAGCAACCAAUGGAGAAGAAUUCGAAGGACUACUGAAUUAUUCACAGCCUUCACAAAGCGGUAUGCAAGCCAGGAAAAUUGCGGAUUUUCUGUUAGCAACAGUAGUACUACCCGAAAUUCCGGCACAGUCCAGCAAGCCCAGUAGCAGCCCACAAACACCAGCACCUACUGGAAAUGGACUGAUUACAUCUCUUGCCAGCUACCGAAAGCCUCCUGCCGCAGGCACUUCUCCGAUCGACCAAAGCGGAAAUGACGGUCAUUAUGAGACUCUAAUUAACUCCGUAUGGGAACCCGUUCCAAAUGGAACAGAAAGCCCACAUUUUGACAUCACGACAACAUUCGCGUCGAGUGCCGAAGAUUUACCUCAGAAUGACCUCGCUGCUUGGAAACUCCCGUCUGUUACUGGCUAUACUUCGAUGGGCAAUCCAGACAACGGAAAUCUUCAAAAAGCUGAUAGAACUAGUCAAAAUGUCGGGAAUGAUCGAGAGUCACGACGCUUGGAAUCGCAAAGUUCCCCAGAAAACGCCAUCCAGGCAGACGGGAAUAUGCCAGCCGGAAAUGGCCAGAUUAUCACUUCUGCUGCCGAAUAUCAUGGUACACAGCCAGCCGGAAACAGCCAAAUUAUCACUUCUGCUGCCGAAUAUCGUGGUACACAGCCAGCCGGAAACAGCCAGAUUAUCACGUCUGCUGCCGAAUAUCGUGGCUCUGGAGUACCUGCGUCUCCUAAGCCAAUUAUCACGUCGGAGUCGCAAUAUCGAGCAGCCGCGCGAUACACUGCAAAUCCAUCUACUAAAAAAGAACUGCCUACGACAACGACCUCUGCACCUCCAAGCACAACACCGUCCUUCGUUGCCAAUGUUUCGGUGGUCAGCGAUACUUUAAAGGUCAACUCUGCUUCGGAACUCACACCAAUGAAGGCUGACAAUAUUGGACCAAUCAUCACUUCGGAAGCGGUGUACAAGACCGAACAGAAUUCGCGUCCGAAUGAAGCAACAACCACUUCCACUGUCGCUCCCAAGAUCUCACAAAACAGUCCAGUAUCGGUGCAGGUGGUGACCGCUUGUGACCAGGCAGCUACCGUUGAACUACAAGGGAACGAGCUAGUUGAUGCCAUGAUGUCCAGUCUGAAGACAUCCCACAAUGAUUCGAAAACGGUGGGAAUAACCAUUAAUGCGGCACGCACAGGUGAUGUAUCAUCGUCGGAGGAUUCGUUUUCGCAGCGGUAUGGUGACAUUUGGGAUGCAGUGCCGGCUGGGUCGGAAUCCACGACAUUUGUUAGCAAUGGGUCGGAAUCCACCACGUUUGUUAGCAAGGCUCCACUGAACAACGAUGCUUAUUAUAUUUACGAAACCGCUGAUAAACCAGUUAUUAUAAAAUUCGCCAAGUAUAAUAUCAUUGUUCAAGUUCGGCCGAAUCCUUGAGAAACUGCGAUCCAAAUGCUUUUGUCUGCAUAUCUACAUGUGGUUUCUGAUAAAAAUGUUUUUAAAUAGACCGUAAUAAAUU